AUGGCCCACCAAGCGCAUGCAUAUCAUAUGGUUGAUCCAAGCCCAUGACCUUUAACCGGCGCAAUCGCCGCUCUUCUCUUAACGUCCGGACUAGCAAUCUGAUUUCAUUUUCACUCAACAACCCUAAUAACUCUUGGAUUAGUUCUUACUAUCCUUACAAUAUAUCAAUGAUGACGUGACAUUAUUCGAGAGGGGACAUUUCAAGGACACCACACACCCCCGGUACAAAAAGGCCUACGAUAUGGAAUAAUUCUGUUUAUUACAUCUGAAGUAUUCUUCUUUCUUGGCUUCUUCUGAGCUUUUUACCAUUCUAGCCUAGCACCCACCCCUGAAUUAGGGGGAUGCUGACCCCCCACAGGAAUUACUACCCUAGAUCCAUUUGAAGUGCCACUUCUUAAUACAGCUGUGCUACUAGCAUCAGGAGUUACAGUAACAUGGGCACACCACAGCCUGAUAGAAGGGGAACGCAAGCAAGCUAUUCAAUCUUUAACCCUUACAAUUAUUCUUGGGCUCUACUUUACUGCCCUUCAAGCUAUGGAAUAUUACGAAGCCCCCUUCACAAUUGCAGAUGGUGUUUACGGAUCAACUUUCUUCGUAGCUACAGGGUUCCACGGACUCCACGUUAUCAUUGGCUCAACCUUUCUAGCCGUAUGCCUGUUACGCCAAAUCCAGUACCACUUCACAUCAGAACACCACUUUGGCUUUGAAGCUGCCGCAUGAUACUGACACUUCGUCGACGUCGUAUGACUAUUCCUAUAUGUAUCAAUUUACUGAUGAGGCUCAUAA